AUGCAAACAUAUGAUGUGGUGGACCAGGAGAUGUCAAACGGUACCUUUCAUCAUUACUUUGUGCCGGAUGGGGACUACGAGGAAAACGACGACCCGGAGAAAUGUCAGAUGCUUUUCAAAAUGACCGACGACCGAAGGUGCUCCGACGAGGACCAGGAUUCGGUGAUCAGGGAUGAUUUCACCAUCAUCAAACGGCAGCUCGAGGACUCUGCGCGUGUCCUGGAGGGGAUCGGGAAAAGCAUCUCAUACGACCUGGACGGAGAGGACGGUUACGGGAAAUACCUGAGGAGGGAGACGGCUCAGAUCAGUGAGGCGUUCACAAACUCCGAGAAAUCCCUGCUGGAGCUGGAGGUCAAAUUCAAACAGAGCCAGGAUGGCGAGCUGAAGGAGGAGCACCGGCUAAACGACGACUUUCUCAACAUGAUUGUGCACACGCGGGACGUCCUCAAGGAGACUUUGGACAUUUCUCUGGGGCUGAAGGACAAGCACGAGCUGCUGUCUCUGAUUAUCCGCAGCCACGGCACGAGGCUGAGCCGCCUGAAAAACGAGUACAUGAAGUUCUGAAAGCUUCUAAAAACCCACAGAAUCACUUUUACUCUGGAGCGCACGAAAUCCAAAAAGAUUACACAUUUUAUCUUGUGCGUUAAGUUAUGGCCAUGCGCCAAGUUAUUGUGUGCGCAAAACUCAUCAUGCACCAAAAUUGCUAUAUUGUACGCUUAAGAAAGCACCGCGUGCCUAAAUAUGCUGUUUUAUACCAAAAAUCAUGUGCGCACCACAUAGAAUAUGUUUAUCCUUUUGUUUUAUUUUGCACGCUCGGUGAUGAUCAUAUGCAAUAUGAUUUAAAAACAUGUUUUUUUGCAUAUCCUUAUUUUGCACGCGCAAGUUGUAUAUUUUACGCACGAGACAUCUUGUGCCAAAAUUGCUGGUGUGCACACGUUAGUGUUAUUUACGCACAUUACCUUGUGCCAACAACCUGUGCGCAAAUUGUUACACAUUUUUGACCCGUGCAGCCAAGCCAUUAUCCUUAGCGCACAACUUAAUUUACUCUCCUCCGGGAAUGUGCUUCCUUAUCAUGUCCGGCCCUUUCAAAGGGAGGGAACUUAGUUAACCAAGUUCUGUUUUUAUCUGUGAUGAAAUUCUUGCUGAUAUAGUGUAGCAAACUUUUUUUUGUGUGCACAAGAUAAAAAAUACCAUCUUUUUGGACUCCAGGGCCUGCCUUACAUAACAGUGUAUUUUAAUUUAUCUUUGUACUUGAUCAUAUGAGUAGGUGAAAUAUUAGUAAUUUUAGUAAUUAUCAGGGAUAUAAUCUUGGCAAUAAUAAAUAAAGUUAUUUGGAUUCUAUAUGUCACACAAACUCUUUAUUUCUUGGUAACACACACAAGGGGAGACACAUCCCGAUAUUUAAGUAUGGUGACUUAACCUCCAGCUAAAAAUUUGUUUUUAAAAGAUGGCCAUUUAAUGCCACAAUAGAUUUUUUUUUUAAUAGACUUUGAGUAAUUCUAUAAUGUCACAGCAAUUUUCAUAAUGUAACGGGUUUCAGUCUUUCUGCUCACAAAGUGAAUGAG